GCAAACACCAUAUGAGAAGUAAGAGGCUUUUCUUCUUCGUUUUGCUCUUUUUCUCCUUGUUAGUAGAACUCAACAGAGCACAGAACAACAAAAGAACUGAAGUCCAUAUUGGUGUUGUAGCAGAUGUCGGAACCAGUUACUACGACAGUGCCACGCUUUGUGUCAACUUGUCUCUCGCCGAUUUCUAUUCUUCUCAUCCCCACUUUCAGACAAGGCUUGUCGUCAACAUCGGUGACUCCAGAGAAGAUGUAGUCGGUGCUGCAUCUGCAACUCUUGAGCUGAUAAAGAACAAUCAAGUGAAAGCGAUACUGGGGCCAUGGUCAUCAAUGCAAGCUCAUUUCUUGAUCGAAAUUAGCCAAAAGGCACAGGUUCCGCUUGUCACCUACGCAGCAACAAGCCCAUCUCUUACGUCUCUCCGCAGUCCAUACUUCUUUCGCGCUACUUACGAGGACUCCUUCCAAGUAGAUGCCAUAAAAGCGAUCAUCAAGUUGUUCGGGUGGAGAGAAGUUGUGCCUGUUUACAUUGACAACACCUUUGGAGAAGGCAUAAUGCCUCGUCUCACCGACGCUUUACAAGAGAUCAAUGUUCGAAUACCUUAUAGAUCCGUUAUUGCUCAAAAUGCAACUGAUCAUGAAAUCUCUUUGGAGCUUCUUAAGAUGAUGACCAUGCCCACAAGAGUCUUUGUUGUCCACAUGUACUCUUCUCUUGCCUCAAGAUUCUUCAUCAAAGCUAAUGAGAUUGGUUUGAUGGAACCGGGAUACGUCUGGAUCCUUACCAAUGGAGUUGCUGAUGAGUUACCUUGGAUGAAUGAGAUGAGUAUUGAGGCUAUGGAAGGAGUGUUAGGUGUUAAAACUUAUAUUCAAAAAUCCAAAAAUCUUGACACUUUUAAAGCUCGUUGGAGGAAAAGAUUCUCGACGAUGGAGCUGAGCGUCUAUGGAUUGUGGGCUUAUGAUGCUAUCACCGCACUGGCGAUAGCCAUUGAAGAAGCUGGAAUAGAUGACUUGACUUUCAGCAAUGCGGAUCCUAGGAGAAAUGUGUCUGAACUUGAAUCUCUAGGCUUAUCUCAAUACGGUCCAAAACUUCUCAAGACACUCUCACAAGUUAAGUUCAAAGGACUUGCAGGAGAUUUCCGUUUUAUCAACGGGCAAUUGCAACCAUCGAUGUUUGAGAUUAUUAAUGUGGUGGGAACCGGAGAAAAGUCGAUAGGAUUCUGGACAGAGGAAAAUGGUCUUGUGAAGACACUAAACCAGAAACCACGGAGCAUGAGCGCUUUGUCCACUUGGAAAGAUCAUUUUAAACAAAUUACAUGGCCUGGAGAGGCUGAGUCUGUUCCCAGAGGAUGGGAGAUCCCGACCAAUGGGAAGAAGUUGCGCAUCGGAGUUCCAAAGAGAGCUGGUUUCACUGAUCUUGUGAAGGUCACAAGAGAUCCUAUCACCAAUUCAACAUCAGUCACAGGUUUCUGCAUAGAAUUCUUUGAGGCCGUGAUUCGAGCAAUGCCUUAUGAUGUCUCCUAUGAGUUCAUUCCUUUUGAGAAACGCAAUGGUAAAGCAGCUGGUGAUUACAACGACUUGGUCCACCAAGUGUACCUUGGGAGAUAUGACGCUGUUGUUGGAGACACAACCAUACUUGCAAACAGGUCGUCUUACGUCGACUUCACAUUCCCAUUUAUUAAAUCAGGUGUAGGAUUAAUCGCUCCCAUUAAAGACCAAGUGAAAAGAGACAGCUUCACUUUCUUGAAACCUUUGUCGUGGAAACUAUGGUUGACUUCCUUUGGCUUCUUCUUCAUUGUUGGAAUUACUGUUUGGGCUCUUGAACAUAGGGUCAACCCAGACUUUCGUGGACCUGCUAAUUACCAAGCUAGCACUAUCCUCUGGUUUGCCUUCUCUACCAUGGUUUUUGCUCCAAGGGAGAGAGUGUUUAGCUUUGGGGCGAGGAUCCUGGUUAUCGCAUGGUACUUCGUUGUUCUUGUGCUGACUCAAAGCUACACAGCCAGUUUGGCGUCGCUUUUGACAUCACAGCAACUUCAUCCAACCAUAACUAGCAUGAGUAGCUUGCUUGAGAGAGGAGAAAGAGUGGGUUAUCAGAGAACAUCGUUCAUCUUUGGAAAGCUUAAAGAAGCAGGUUUCUCUCCAUCUACCCUUGUGGCCUUUGAUACGUCAGAAGAAUGCGAUGAACUUCUCAGAAAUGGACCAGAAAAAGGUGGAAUCUCUGCAGCUUUCCUGGAAACACCUUACUUGAGACUCCUUCUUGGACAAUAUUGCAACACUUAUAAAAUGGUUGAAGAGCCAUUUAAUAUCGAUGGAUUUGGCUUUGUUUUUCCAAUCGGAUCUCCUUUAGUCGCUGAUGUUUCAAGGGCUAUUUUGAGAGUAGCAGAGUCACCGAAGGCAAUGGAACUUGAGCGCGCAUGGUUCAAGAAGAAGGAAGAACGUUGUCCAGACCCAGUCACUAAUCCGGAUCCAAAUCCAUCUCUUACCUCUAGGCAGCUGGGCGUCGACAGUUUCUGGCUUCUGUUUCUUAUUGUGUUUGUUGUGUGCAUUAUAACACUCGGAAAAUUAACAUUAUGUUUCCUAUGGAAGACUGAAGGGAAUCGUUUCUGGAAAUGGAAAUGGAAAGAGUUUCAACAACGAGACAACGAUUCCUACAUCAACCAGGUAGAGAUGUCUCCGUGUUCGUCAAGUCGACCCAUACCUGACAACAAUUAA